AUGACGACAAUGGAUCUUCGUGUCGGUAACAAAUACCGCAUUGGCCGCAAGAUUGGCAGUGGUUCCUUCGGUGACAUCUAUCUUGGAACCAACAUCAUCUCUGGUGAGGAGAUCGCUAUCAAGCUCGAAUCUGUCAAGGCCAAGCACCCCCAGCUCGAAUAUGAGGCACGCGUCUACAAGUCCCUGGCCGGUGGCGUGGGUAUCCCCUUCGUCCGCUGGUUUGGCACCGAGUGUGACUACAACGCCAUGGUCCUUGACCUUCUCGGUCCCUCGCUCGAAGAUCUCUUCAACUUCUGCAACCGGAAAUUCUCUUUGAAGACCGUCCUGCUGUUGGCUGACCAACUCAUCUCCCGCAUCGAAUACAUCCAUGCCAAGUCCUUCAUUCACCGCGAUAUCAAGCCCGACAACUUUCUCAUGGGCAUCGGAAAGCGAGGCAAUCAGGUCAACGUUAUUGACUUCGGUCUGGCUAAGAAGUACCGCGAUCCCAAGACGCACUUCCACAUCCCCUAUAGAGAGAACAAGAAUCUCACAGGUACUGCUCGCUAUGCCUCCAUCAACACCCAUCUCGGUGUGGAGCAAUCUCGCCGCGACGAUAUGGAGUCUCUUGGCUAUGUCAUGCUCUACUUCUGCCGGGGUUCACUUCCAUGGCAAGGUCUCAAGGCUGCCACUAAGAAGCAGAAGUAUGACCGUAUCAUGGAGAAGAAGAUGACCACUCCCACCGAAGUCCUUUGCCGCGGUUUCCCCAACGAGUUCGCCAUCUACCUUAACUACACCCGAUCUCUCCGCUUCGACGAUAAGCCCGACUAUUCGUAUCUCCGAAAGAUCUUCCGUGAUCUCUUCGUCCGCGAAUCAUUCCAGUACGAUUAUGUUUUCGACUGGACCGUCUACAAGUAUCAGAAGAAUGCACAGGCCAUCGCUGCUGCCUCUGGCAAUCAGCCUGCUCAAGAUGAGGAGGAGAAGCCCCGCCCUCGCGGCACUGCUGCUGCUACGGGCCCUACUCCAACCGGUGCUGGUAAGCCUAACGCUAUCUCCAGCUCUCGACGCAAGGUCAUUGAACGCGGUGCAUCAGGCAACGACCAAGGUGGAAGUGAUAGGAUGUGA